GCUGCAAACGCGGAAGAACUCCCCGGACAGGUACCCAGCCCGCAACAAGCUCAUAAGGCACCUUCCUUGACGCGGUCCUUGCCAACCCAGGGACACUCGCCGUCUACGAUUGAGCCACCGCCGCUUAGCCAAGGCGCUGGAUAGCGCACCUGCGCCGACAACCGGCGGGCCCCAUUACGAAGAAUCACCGUGUGCGUGUGGGAGGUAGUCGAUGUUGAACGAUCUCCAUAUGUACGCACUCAACACCAGUACGCGCGAUGGAACGCGCUGGGAUCCCGGCGCACGAAGUCACUCUUCUCCUACCGUUCCCGCUGCCAAACUACUCAUCGCCCGAGUGCGGGGGCGCGCGGCGCGCGGUGGCCAAUCUCGCUCGAAAGAUCAAGCCGUGCGCAUCAAUGCGACCACUCGGAAAGCUCGCGCACGCUCAUCUUCGAGGGCGGCGUCUUCAACUAUGGGCAAACUCGCACGUCGCGCAUUUCCACAACUGCACGUCGCUCGCGCCCAGCGCCCUCCCCUACUUCUCCACGCCGCAACCGCAGUGAGACUACGCGCCGGUGCCCUCUGUCGAUGUUCGCGUUGGCUUCGGGCCGGGUGGUCGCAUCCAGAGGGCGCCGACCUCUCUGCCUCGCAAUUUCCCCCUCUGGCUCGCCCAUCACGGUGGCCCUCUUGGACGGAAGAAGAUCGAGCGCAGAGAAGUCGGCAGCCCUUCCGGCGGGCGGUAGUGCGAGCGGCGCGGACAUCAUUCCCAAGCAGGCGCGCGAGGAUGCUUCACCUCUGGCUGGCAUUCUGCGCGGCGCCGCACUGCUGUCGCACUGGAUAACGUUCUCUUCGAGCGUCCCCGUUACCCGGGCACUGCUUCCCCGAGUAUCCUGCCUGGUCAAGCCCUGACGCGUGGACCCUCUUCCCACUCCCCAAGCCCUCGCAGAUCGCAAGGACCACGCAUGGGAUGCUCGUGGCAAAUCCGGCCCCUCGUACGCUUCUUGUGCAGCUGCGCGUUCUUGUCAGGUCUGCCCGACUCCCGCCUCGUGUCCACCGCGACCCUUCGCGCGUAACAACGAGCUCGAUCUGGCUGCCGUGCA